AUGGCAGACUCAGACAGCCUCACCGACAGCGCCCGCUCCGUCUCCCGCGGCAGAGACUUUCAAUCUUCUGGAAGAGGCGGCAUUGGCAACAUCCGCCGUACCUCGCAAGAGCCAGGCUCCCCCGGCUACCCUCUCUCCCCAAAGUCCUCAAUAGGAGACGGUCAUGAACCCGUCACUAUCGUCCGCGGCCGCGAACCUGUUCCCUCGGGUUCCCCUGAUCGAGCUCGUUCAACAGGUCGUGGCGGUGUAGGCAACAUUCGCUCCAGCUCCAUCGCUCGCGCCGUCUCCCGUGCCCCUCGCGACCAGAACCACCCACAAACCACCACCCUCGUCAACGAACGCGCCCAAGCAGAGGCCGAGUAUGAGCGCAGCGUUCUCAAGGCUAGCGAAGAGGCCGCCAGGGCCAAAAAGCAUUCCUCUGGCCGCGGAGGCGCAGGCAACAUCGCGAGAUCAAAGUCAAAGUCCAAGACACGCUCGCAGUCGCGUGACGGUCUCCACCUGCGCUCCCGCUCCCGCUCAAAGGGCCUUCCCGUCCCACUUCACUCAAGCGGCCGUGGUGGCGCGGGCAACAUCCAGCAGGGCUCCCCAGAUGACGCCGAAUACAUCGACGAGCUCGACAAUGAGGAAAGCGACCGCGCGCGUCUCUCGCACGUCGAAGGCAUACACUCGACAGGCCGUGGCGGUUCCGCCAACAUCACCGCCCUCCAGCAUGGCCCACCAACGCCUCCCGAGCAUUCACACCUUCAUUCCACCUCCUUCUCCCUCCUCCCCAACGACGACGCCGAAUCAGCCACAGCCGUGCACCAGCACGCAGAAUCCACCGGCCGUGGUGGCUCGGGCAACAUCUUCCAGUCGCGCUCACGGUCCCGCUCUGCCUCAAAGGAACGCGAGCAGGCCGCGCAUGGGCUCAACAAGCUCUGGCAGCGCGUGUCUCGCUCGCGCGGCCGUGCCCCGCGUAAGUCGGAAACCUCCAGCGGCUCACUCAGCCCAACGACGAAUGGUGUCGACGCAGACCUGCGCGCGAUGCGGCUUUCAGAGGACUCGCGCGAGCACGAGGCCGAGCAUGCCGCGAACGGUGGCGCACCGGCCGACGGUCCCGCGCCCGGUACGGAGGAAUGA